ACUUUGACCCUAAACGUUGACAAAGCUCAUUGAAAACCUUAUUGCAGCGCACGCGAGUCUAGGACAUCUUAGAAAUAAUCUUAUUACAGUUGAAAUAAGUUAAAUAAUGCGGAAGUCGGUCCUUUUUUUACUAGCCAUUAUGGCACUUUUUAAAAGUAAUGUAAUCGCUCAGCUGUCAGGAGAUGAGAAUUGUGAGACAUUGCAAACAGAAAUUCACGUAACUAAAGACGAGUAUGACGACCUGGGACGUUUGAAAAGAACGUGUGGCGGUGAUAUUACGGUCACAAAAUGCGAGGGAUUUUGUAAUUCGCAGGUACAGCCAAGCGUCGUCUCCACCACAGGAUUUUUAAAGGAAUGUUUCUGCUGUCGUGAAAGUUACCUAAAAGAGCGAGAUGUUUUCCUGGAUCAUUGCUAUGACGCAGAUGGUGUUAGAUUGGACAGCGAAGAAGGUGGUUCCAUGGAAAUCAAGCUACGAGAGCCAGCCGAAUGCAAAUGCUACAAAUGCGGGGAUUUCGCAAGAUAGAACUUCGUGAUUUGCUGACUUGGACUACAUGCUUAUACCAAUAAUCGUCGUCUUUUGUUACAAUCCAAUACUGUAUCAUUAUUGAUUAUAUAAUAUAAACAUUAUGACUUGAAAUACCUUG